AUGGAGAACAUAAACGACAAAGUUUACGGGGAGGGAUACCCCAGUACCGGCGCAGUCGCGGGUAGUGAAGUGGGCCCCGCUGCGUCGAUAUCUCGCGACCACGGCCGUUCGAGGGUGGACCGCCAGGCCCCCGGACGCGUUUCUACGACUGGCGAUGAAACAACGGGAGAGAGGAGGAGGAUAACGGCAGGAGGACAUUCAGAGGACGACAGGAUGGAGACCGCGGAGGAGCCUCCGAGGAAGGCGACGAGACGUUCGCUGAGAGCCGCGAACAGGUCCGAGUACGUUUUUCUCGCGCCGGCCACGAUGGACGACGGUACGUCACCGAUGGCGGGGGGAUCGCGGGGGCGGGCGAGGUCCGACGACGAGGAGUCGGUCGCCUCGAUCGCCUCGCGUUCGUCGCUGGCUUCGAUGGCGUCCAGGGGUAAGAGGAAGAGAACGGCAGCCGCGACAACACCGGUGGUGUCCGAAGAGUUGGAGGUGCAGAUGAGGACGAGUUCUCCGGCGGAAAUCAGCGCGGGCCUGACGAUGCACGUGUCUGAAAUCAUGCACGUCGCGACGACGUCGUCGAACCUGAAGGGGACCUACAUCAGGUCCCUGAAGAACGCGGCGAGCUAUAUCACCGCCGCCUGGAACGAGGAAUCCGCGAGGAGGGAAAGGCCAGCGCGUGCCACCGACGACGUGGACGCGAGGCUGUCCGUGCUGGAGGGGGAGAACGCAGCCCUCCGCCAGGAGCUGAGGAGACUGGCCGCUCGCAUCAACGAGUGCCCGCGAUGCUCCGACGCGGCUCCCGAAUACGCCCGCCCCGCGUGGGAAGGCGGAACCGAGAACAGGACGCGUCUGGACGCCCUGGAGAGAGCGGUCCGGGAACUGGGACCCUCCAUUCUCAGGACCAUCGAAGAACGAUUCGGGGACGCGCGAAGUCAACGCACCCCCGAAGCACGACCCAGCGGGGACCGCCCCGUCGACCCUCCCGUCGCCCAACCGACGCCGCCCCGAAGGGAACGGGAGGACGGCGGAUGGGAGCUGCUUGGUAUUGAAUUAUUGUGCAAUGCUUGUAUUUAUGGAUGUUGUGGUUUUCCAAACGUUAAUCAACUGAUUAAUCUGCGAAAACGAUUACAUCUAUCAGCACAAACAUUGUACAAUAAUUCGGUACCAUACUGGCAACAUUCUGUAUCAAAGAUACAUUUGUCUAACUUGGAACGAAAGAAUGGAAAUGAAACUAUUGACACUGCAUAUACAAUUUAG